UAGCCCCAGCACCAGCCGUACCUGGCACCCACCGAGCUGUUAGUCACGGGGGAAACGCCUUCAGGGCCCUACUACCCUACUUCUGCGCCAUGUACUCGCCAAGGUCCUUCCCUUAUCUGCAACACUCUCCACCCUCAGCUCGCUCUUCGAGAUCAAAGUCCGAAAGGAUGGGCACACGCCUGCGUUCUAGUCCUUCUCCACAGAAUACCCGACCCGUCGUCGCGGACACGCCUACGCAAUCUACAAUUAAAUCCAUGGUCCGUCCUGAACAGAAACCACAAUCACCACCCCCGACCACUACUACAACUACAACAAUGUCCAAACCCGUUGGCAUUCCACCUCGAACUCCCUUGAAAUCACCCUCCUCCACACAGACAUCGAGAAUGAGGACCCAACAUUGCCACUCGUCGGCACGCACCCUACACAGCCAUGACGCAAAGGCACUUCCGCCCGCCGUUGCUGCCUUGCUCGCCGUCACGGCUAUCCCCAAGAUGCCCGCUCGCCGACGGCAACGCAGCACAAUGGACAGGAGGAUAUCCAUGGAUGAGUUGAUACAGGAGUGGAGACAGGAAGACUCAGACACUCCAUCCUCACUGUCGGGCUCUCCAAUGGACCUGCUGCUCGGUCGCGUCGACGAGUCGGAUGACGAGUACAGCAGUGGCAUGAGCAUGGAACAGGAAAAGGCCUCCUUCUUGACAUCCAGGUCCAUCUCCAGCGACUCUAUCUCCCUACCUCCGUCACUGGAUUAUGAGAAUCCGUCGUACGCUUCCCACUGGGACAACAUCAGCACACCAGACUCGAUUGGCCGCAAGUCACUACCAGAACGCAAAGAGAAGGUUGUUUCGUCACCACCAAAAGAGGACUGCAUUCUCGAUCAUCCCCUUCUUCACUUUGGACCCGACGAAUGCGAGGACAUCAUCGCGACCAACAUCAACGACACCGCUCCGCCCGCGCCUCCAACCGAGCGAUUCAGAUCAUUCAAGUCUAACCUGACCGCUUCCCUCCAGGCAUUAAAAUCAGCCGCCAAGUCCUUUUCCAACUUUACAGCUCCCAGCGUGCCCCCGGAUGACUUCCUCACGCGAUCACUCCUAUCGCCCAAUUUCACGAGCGAGAUGCGACCAAAGAUGGUCGACGGCUUGCCAUCGCCCGAAUUGCGACGUUAUCUCAACCCACAGCCUGCACCAAUCUCAGCAACCGAACUAUCAAUGCAUCUCCACGACUCCUUCACCCUCGAUACCGACCUCGACCCCCACGCGCCGAUGAUUCAACUGCAGACAUAUGAGCGGCGUGGUCGUGCACAAAAGUCGCGCCGCAGUCGUGCCGCGGAUCCGCUUUCCGAAGCUGGAAGGGUCCUGUCUAAUGACGCACCAACCGUUCGGCAGCGCGAGCCCCGUGAGAAUAGCGACUUUCUACGUGUCAUUGUGCUCGAGAUGAACAUGCGCCGCGUAGGCAAGCUCGACGCAAAGGCCGUCGGCAAGGCGCGGAUCUGGCUCCCACCCAGAAAGCCUGCUUCUACUCAACCACCUUCGCGUCACAGUCCAAACUGCGUUCCCCUCAGAUGGAUUCCAAUCAACUCAUCAUGAGCUGCAGUGAGAUUGAAUCCCUUGCAGUUGGGCAUACACGCAACCUAGUGCCCGUUACGCUCGUUACAUUUAUACGACAAGAGGCACCGAGCCUGCACGUUGCAAAGCGUCUCCACCUACGUAGCGCUUCGCAUGCAACCAUUCGAUCCUGCGUCAUUGGUUGGCAUGGAGCCCUUGAGACGAUCCCGGAUUCAGUUUCUCCGAAAGAUGGCAUGACUUACCUUAGUCUGGCGCGACGGGCCUAGCGGGUCCGCCGUCCAGCAAAAUUGCUCGACUCGGCAUAGCCACCACGGAGACCGUUACGCUGGGAUUGUUGCGCCUCGCUUACAAACGUUACACAAAACGUAGAAUAGAGCACACGUUCCUUUGGAAUCCAAGAGUUGGAAAAUUAGGUGUGUGCAUCAGGUUUGGGCAUUGCCAACUCAGCAAUGUGACACGCGCGGAGCUUCGUCGGGGC